AUGGAUUCCUUAUUUUCUGGAUCGCUAUGUCUUAUUAUAACUGGUGCCAGCCGUGGUUUUGGUCAGGCAGUCUGUGUUAAAUUUGCUGAGGCGGUGACCAAGGGGAAAGGAAGGGCUAAAUUCUUUCUCUUGGCACGCAACGAAAAUGGACUAGCGGAGACAACUAAGUUAAUAAAAGAAGUUUCUAAAGAUGUUGAGGUUCAAGUUGUAUGCGUGGAUGUCGGCAAUCUGUCAUCGUUGCCUGAUGCAAUUCAAACGAUAGAAAGUGGAUUGAAGCCGGAUGAUUACCAAAAUUCCAUCUUUAUUCAUAAUGCAGCCUCUUUGGAAAGUCAAAGUGUUGUUGAUACAGAUGAUUGUGAAUAUAUUGGAAAAUAUUUAGACCUCAACUAUACAUCUUGCCAUUACCUCUCGUCUAAAUACUUGCAGUUGUUUAAAAAUUCCCCUGGUAAAAUGCAUUUGGUUAAUAUAUCCUCAAUAUGUGCGCUAGACCCUUAUAAACGUUGGGCUUUAUAUUGCUCCAUGAAGGCGGCCCGAGACAUGCUAAUAUCAGUAAUCGCUAAAGAAAAUCCAUUGGUUAGAGCAGUCAAUUAUGCACCAGGCCCAAUGAAUACAAAAUUGCUGGUUGAUGCUUUACAUCGCAAUGCUGAUCCAUCCAUUAAAAUUUCGUUACUGGGUGCGAUAGAGAAGAUGUUAGCUACAAAAACUGUUUCUGGUAAUAAUUUCUGA